AUGGAAGAGCCUCCAGAAGAGGCUCUGGCAGAACCCUUGGGACCUGAAAACACAGCCAAGUCCCCAGAUAACAACCACACAGAUCGCCAGGAAGACAACUGGCAGAACCUGGACAAAGAGGAGGCAGAUAACCAGACUGAUGACAGAACAGCUAACCAGGCUGACCCCGAUGUAUUUGGCCAACCCAACCACAAAGUACCUGAACAGAUUGAGCACAGAACAUCUGAUGCGGCUGACCCCAGAGCAUCGAACCAUGAUAAUGUUGCUGAUGACAGAGCAGCUGAUCAGGUUGACCAAAGAAAAUCUGAACAGAUGGACAGUAAGGCACCUGACCAAACUGAUCAUGUAGAGUCUGAACAGUCUGAUAGCCAGAUGACUGUACUGCAUGAACAAAGAACUUCUGAGCAUACUGAACGCAAAUUGUCCAGCCAGGCUGGAAGAAGAGCUUCUAUACAGACCAAUGGUAAAUUGUCUAUCCCAUAUGAACAAAGAGCCUCUGAACAGAUGAACCACAGACGGCCUGGUGAGGCUGACCGAAGAAUUCCUCAACAUAUUGACAGCAGAUUGUCCGGCCUGGUUCAACAAAAAGCUUUUAAGCAUGUUGACCGUAGAUCGUCUGACCCAGUUGGGUACAAAACUUCUGUAAAGACUCACCACAAAGUGCAUGACCAAGUUACUGACCAAGUUACUGACCAAGUUACUGACCAGGUUACUGACCAAGUUACUGAACAAGCUGAAAACCAGGCUGAUGACCAAGCUGAGAGCAGUUCUCAUCACCUUGUAGUUGACAAACCUGACUAUAGUGAAUCUGACCAGGCUGACCACUUAAUGAACAAAGAAGGUGAUGACACAGAAAAGAACCAGUUUGACUAUGAAGAAAGUGACCAGUAUGAUGAUAAACUAUUUACCAGCAAGAAAGACGAAGAUGUUGACUUCAGAAUACAACCCUGCAAAUUUGAGGUUAGCCAAACAGACCUCAAUAAUUCCAAAGUUUCAUCUGAAUCUGACGCUGACAGUGGAAACUUUCCUCCAGCAUCGAACUCAUUUGCUACUGUAUACAUCAGUAAUUUCCAAGGAAACGACCAAGUCUUUUCCCAAAGAUUCCCCUCCAUAUCAACCAAAUUGGACUAUCUCAUCAGUCAAGAAAAAAGUCAAGUCACAGAAACCAAGCCUGAUAUUUCAGAAUACCGGGAAAGGAGUAGUUCCUAUUUACACAACAAAACUCAGAGGAGGCGAUUCCCUUCUAUUAUAUAUCAAGAUCCUUAUCAAAUUUCACUACAAUACAUGGAAAAACACCGUAUUCUGCAAAUAUUCCAGCAGAUCACUGAAAACUUAGUCUAUGAAAGGCCAGAGGACCCCCUGAGUUUUAUGCUGUACCAGAUCUCUGGCCCCUUACCGGUCUUUGGAUCACCUCAGUGUGAGCAUUACUUGGACAAUUACCAUGCCCAUUAA